UGUUACUCUAAGCGACGCGCUGUUCCGAAAAAUUGCCGAAAUUGUUGUUUGUGGACUAAAUUUGUGUAAUAAAGGGCAAUGGAAACUCCAGCGGCAGCCGAAAUCGCACAAAUUGGAAAGUUGGAGGUGUUCCGGAAACUAAAUCUCCUGGAGCAGCAUCGUGAGAGCUUCAAGGACUGGCCCUUUCCCGAGACAUCGCCCUGCAGCAUUUCCAAGAUGGCCGAGGCGGGAUUUUAUUGGACGGGCACCAAGCGGGAGAACGACACGGCCACUUGCUUUGUGUGCGGAAAGACCCUCGAUGGCUGGGAAUCGGAUGAUGAACCCUGGAAGGAGCACCUCAAGCACGCCCCACAAUGCGAGUUCGUGAAGGUGGGAUGCGCAGAAAAGGAGUUAACAGUCACUCAAUUCCUCGAAAUCCUUGGAACCGUCGUCAAGGGAAGCAUAAUUAAAAACGUAAAGACCUUUAAGCUUAAUUUUACCCGGGAAAACGAGACUCGACUUGAAGAGUUUAUGCAACAAUCCAAAUAGUGCGCUAAUAUAAACAUUUUAUAAAUUUUAACAUAUCUAACAUUAAUAUUUAGUUAACAGUAUGUGUACAGAAAUUUGCUAAUAAAACAAGGUGGCAACGCUGA